AUGGAGGGGACAGGGCAAGGGUCGCUGGGGCUGCGUUGCGAUCGCGUGGCCUACAGAGUACAAGCACCGCAAGGCCGCCUGCCGGGCAAAUGGCAGCCAGAAGGAGCGGAGAGGGCUUCAGCAGGCAGGAAACAGAGCACCACGACAGCGCUGCCAUGGCCGCCUGAUGUGGUGGACAGCCGUGGUCGGGCGGCUAUCACCAGCUCGCGCAGACCACUCCCAGCCGCUGGAACAAGUCGAGUCGUCGGAUGCAGGGCUGCAUGCACGCUGCAGUCGGCCUCCAAUAAUUGCCGGCGAGAUGGACACUCGGGGCGCUCGCCUGCUGGACGGAGUCACCUGACCGGUGGGCUACGUAUACGGCGUGCGCGUGUUGCUGAGUGCCCUGGUGUCACAUUACUGAUCAACUUGACGUGCCACCCUGCACCUUCUGAGGCUGCGGACGCUUCAUCACGAUGGAACUGCCCCAAAUUCCAAAGGCAAGGAUACGCCCCGCCGUGCGCAUACGGAGUAGAGAGCUCCUGCCUGGAUGACCCGCAGCGCGGAGUGCCUGACUCAGACUUCGCCAACUGCGGCUCAGAUCUAUUUGCCAUAUCAGAUUACGGAGUCCCCGGCGAGGUGAAGCACGCUCUAGAUGCUUCUGCCAGCUGCUCUUGA